GGAGGGCUUAGGUCCUUUAAUCCAUUUGACUCUCCGAAAUGUUGCCCUUUAUAUUCGUCCCUUACAAUAAAUAGGCCUUACGCAUCGCCACCAUUCUCUUCAUUCCUUCUCCGCGUUGAGUUAUGAGCUCUAUAUUUCACCCUUUGUUUCUUCCUUAAUUACCAUUCUACUACUCUGGUUAUGAUCGCCGGAAAACUCUGUGCCAGCCUAACGGUAGCCGUUCCUCCUCUUCUUUUCCGCCUUUUUCUACUAUUCUCUGUAUAAAUAAACCGAUAUUUCUAUACUGAGAUGGCAUCUCCGAGAGGUCACCGGAGAGUAAUCGAGGAGAAGAACAGGCUUAAGGGAAAGUUGUCGGAGAAAUCCAUGUCGUUUCAAGGAUAUAUCUCAGGAAGCACUUCAGAGUUGUAUCGAAUGCCUAGGACUGCUCCGGACUUGUUUUCAGGCAAGGGAUCGAUCGCCGGCUCUCCGAUGGAGUUUCAAGUUAAGCCGAAGUUAACAAAGUUACUGUUGAAUGUGACGAUUCAGAGGAGCUUAGGGCCACUUCAGGUGCUGAUAUCACCGGAAUCAACUGUACAUGAUCUCAUCGCCGCUGUUGUACGGCAGUACUCAAAGGAAGGAAGACGUCCGGCACUUUGCUCAACCGAUUUCUCCCGUUACGAUCUUCAUUACUCCCAGUUUAGCUUAGCCAGUUUGGACAGGGAAGAGAAGGUGAUGGCGUUGGGAACAAGGAACUUCUUUCUGUGCCCAAAAAAGUUGGGCGCAGAAACUUCGACGUGCAGUGACUUAACGGCGUCAUCCUCAAGAUGUAAAAAAGAAGCUGAUUAUACUGAUAUCAUAGAUUUGCCUUGGCCUAAUUUCAUGCUGUGAAAAUUUACAGCUGCACAACUUGAUAAAUUGUGGUCCGGCCUACUUCUGAUUCCGUGCAUAGUGAAAGUUUUAGCUUUCUAAAAUGCUCUCGCCUCAAUUAUUAAAGAGGUCGAGGUUAUUGUGUUGUGCAUUAAUUAUUGUGGAAUCUUAGAGCUGUGGAUAGAUGAACUUCAAAAUUGUAGUAGCCUGUCAAGUUGCUGUAUUUGUAAAUAUUUUUGGAUGACCUUUAAUCAAGUGUAAGGCAGUACUUCUUUUGCAA